CAGAGACUCUAUUGCUCAUAUGAAGAGAGGAAGUGGUUGCUCCUCAUCUUGGAAUGACACAUCAUGUGUGAACAACCGAGAAGAGAAAGCCAGAACUUUGGCUCCAGUAUUGUAGAUGAUAUCGCUAUUGUUGGACUUGCAUUACGGUUCCCAGGCGACGCUACUUCGCCACAAAAGCUCUGGGAUGUGUUAGAGCGAAAAGAAUCUCAAUGGUCUGAGUUUCCUAAAGACCGGCUUAAUAUUGAUGGGUAUUAUCACCCAAGCAAUCAGAGGCUGGGAAGUCUUUCAUUUCGAGGAGGUCAUUUUUUGAAGGAUGACAUCAGCGCAUUUGACGCUCCCUUCUUUUCGAUCCCGACAGAGGAAGCAAACGCAGUUGAUCCCCAACAGCGUAUGCUUCUUGAGGUCUCAUAUGAAGCGCUUGAGAAUGCUGGUAUUCGGAAAGAAGACAUUGACGGGAGUGAUGCUGCCGUCUAUGUAGGCUCAUUUGUCAAAGAUUAUGAAUAUAUCAGCCUCCGCGAUCAGAAUUGGGGGCCGAAGUAUGCCGCAACAGGAAAUGGGAUUGCUAUCAUGUCGAAUCGUAUAUCGUAUUUCCUCAACCUACACGGCCCAAGCAUGACGGUGGACACUGGCUGUAGCUCUAGUCUUAUUGCGGUUCACUUGGCUGCGCAGAGUCUUCGAACUGGGGAGACAUCAUUGGCUUUGGCUGCAGGUACUGGCAUGAUCUUGUCUCCUGAAACUAUGCUGCCCAUGACGGCGUUGAAUUUCCUUAGCCCGGAUGGGAAAUGCUUCACGUUCGAUUCCCGAGCCAAUGGUUAUGGCAGAGGUGAAGGUAUUGGUGUUGUAGUCAUGAAGCGUCUGACGGAUGCGAUCCGUGACAACGAUACUAUUCACGCUGUGAUGCGAGCUAGCAAUGUUAACCAAGACGGUCGCACCAAAGGUAUUACCUUUCCCAGCGGAGACGCUCAGGUUGCCAAUAUCCGUGCCGUUUAUGAUUCAGCCGGUCUUGAUUUUGCUCAGACCGGCUACAUCGAAUGCCAUGGUACGGGAACGCAGGCCGGUGAUUGGCAAGAGCUCCAGGCUAUCUCUCAAAGUAUCGCUUCUGUCCGCACAGUCGAUAACCCGAUCAUGGUGGGCUCUAUCAAAACCAAUAUCGGGCAUCUUGAAGGUGCAGCCGGCAUUGCUGGCUUGAUCAAAGGAGUAUUGGCUCUGGAACGCGGCCUUGUGCCGCCAAAUAUCAACUUUAUUAAGGGGAAUCCCAAGAUUGACUUCAAGAAUUGGCGAGUGAAGGUCCCUACGGAAGUUACAGACUGGCCUAUCGCCGGCAUUCGUCGUGUCAGUGUCAAUUCCUUCGGAUUUGGAGGCUCUAACGCGCACGUCGUUAUAGAUGAAGCUCCAGGCUAUCUUGCGCUAAAGGGGUUGAAUGCAAACCACUCCUCUACCGACGUUAUACCACCGAGUAAGACUGGAGUCUCAGCUGAAAAGAAACCCGAAGCUCGGUUGUUUUGUUACUCAGCAAACGACAAUGCUGGUGUUGUUCGCGUCAUGAGAUCUCACCUCCAGUUUCUUGAGUCUAUUCAAAGAGAUGUUGGAGAUUCUUUUCUCAACUAUUCUUAUACUCUAGGCUGCCGCCGAUCGAAUUUAGAAUGGAAAGGUUUUAUCAUAGCCGAAUCAGCAUCAAACCUUAUGGCUAAGAUUCAACUUUUCGAUUCGAGUCAUUUGGCUCGCUCGUCGUCGUCGAAGAAGCAACACAAGCUAGGAUUCGUCUUUUGUGGCCAGGGCGCCCAGUGGGCGAAAAUGGGCGCAGAUCUCAUGUCUUUCAACGUGUAUAGCGCCAGCCUUAAGGAGGCCAGUUGCUUCUUGCAAAUUGUGUUGGGUUCUCGUUUCGAUCUUUUGAAAGAGAUUCUUAGAGGGGGUGAGGAUACACGCAUAUCUGAUCCUGAAAUCUCCCAGCCUGCAACGACCGCUCUUCAAGUUGCUCUUGUCGACUUGCUCAAGUCUUUUAAUAUCCAGCCCAAGUAUGUACUUGGACAUUCUUCUGGAGAAAUCGCCGCCGCGUAUGCCUCGGGAGCCAUAUCGCGAUAUGAUGCCUGGAGAAUCGCCUACUAUCGCGGCCUCGCUGCCGCCAGCAUUCCGUUCAGGGCCUCGAAGUUGAAAGGAGGCAUGAUGGUUGUUGGAAUGUCAACUGAAGAAGUGUCAGCAUAUCUUGCUGAAAUUAACAAGUCUGCACAAAUCGCUUGCAUAAACAGUCCUCGAUCCAUCACAAUAUCCGGCCAAGCGGAAGCCAUCGAGUUUAUCGCUCAGGAUCUGCGCCAAAAGAACAUAUUCAACAGGGUCUUAAAUGUCAAGGUUGCCUACCAUUCUUCUCAUAUGAAGCUCGUUGAAGAUGAUUACGUUGCUGCUCUUGAUGAAGUUGUUUCCAGCGACUGUUUUGAGGGAGUCAGGAUGUUCUCUUCGGUCACUAGCAAAGAGGUGACGGGAAGCGAAUUGAACGCCAAGUAUUGGGCAGAUAACAUGGUUUCUCCCGUUCAAUAUGUUGGGGCAGUUCAGUCACUGAUGAGCCUUCCGCCAGAUGACCUCCCAGAUGCUUUGGUCGAACUCAGUCCCAGUGCAGUUCUCCGGUCGCCAACGGCCGACGUUCUCGCCGCAAUCAACGGUGCCGCCAGUCCAGCAUACUAUUCAGCCCUUGAGCGGAGGCGAAAUGGAUGUAUCACAAUAUUCGAUCUCAUCGGUAAAUUGUGGUCUAAAGGGUACCCAGUAAAUAUGAAAAAUGUUGUGACCAAGGGCCAUGAGCAGGAGUCCCUGAGGUGUCUCUCCAAUUUGCCAUCAUACGUAUGGGAUCAUACCAAAACAUACUGGCACGAGACUGAUAUGAGCCGCGAGAAUCGUCUGAGAGAGUAUCCUCGAAUGGAUCUAAUUGGCUACAAGGUAUCGGAUUCUAUUGCAUCCUUCGAACCUAUAUGGCGAGGGUUCUUGCGCAUCUCGGAAAACCCCUGGAUUCAAGACCAUCAGGUACAAAAGACAAUUGUCUAUCCAGCCGCCGGCAUGGUUUCCAUGGUUCUAGAAGGAGCAAAGCAGUUAUCAAAAGACAAUCAGAAUCUUCUAGGUUAUGAGCUCGUAAAUAUGAGCAUUGAGAAAGCCAUGACAAUACCGAACACCGCGUAUGGCCUGGAAGUCUCACUUAGCAUGAAAAAGGAUCCAACAAGCACCGAUAGUCAUGACAAGAUUGGAAUAAGAUCAUUUGUCAUCUACUCGCGAAUUCAGGGACGAUCGUGGGAUCGACAUGCCAGCGGUAGUUUACGCUUCCAUUACAAGCUUGGAAACUGGCAGACAGCUUUCCAAUCAUAUGAGAGACGCCAAAGUACCAUGAGCGAGAUUUGCAAAAAGCCAAUCAUUCCACGGCAGCUUUACGAGCAUCUUGAUUCAAUAGGAAUGAACUACGGACCCUUGUUCCAGAACAUUACCGAAGUUCGCAGGUGCGAUGGUCACUGUGUGAGCACAAUCAAGAUCCCGGAUACCAAGGCAAAGAUGCCUUGCAAGUUCGAGUACCCACAUCUUCUACACCCGGCCACUCUAGAUUCAAUGAUUCAAACUCUAUUGGCUAUACAGCCAUCACCAAUGGUUCCCGUUUCCAUCAAGUCUCUCUUUGUGGCAGCAAACUUGGGUGGUGCGGAAUCUGCCGCAGACUUCACCGGCUACUCCUCAGUUAGCACUACUGGCAUUCGAAAUGCAGAAGCCACCAUUGUCAUGAAGCAGACAUCAUUAGAUCAAGCAUAUGUGGUCAUUGAAGGCCUGAGUCUUACUGCGUUGCCUCACUCAUCUCCUGAAGAAGGAGGUUUUCUACCUAGCAAUCGCAAUCUUUGUAGCCAGAUCAUGUGGAAGGAAGAUGCUACUUUUGCACGACCGAGUUCAUACACUGAUCAAGUUGCCGUUCUAGCUCACAAAUAUCCAGGACUAUCAAUUCUCCAAAUUGGUGGUGGUUAUGAGCUCUCGCUGGCAACUCUUGCAGCAGUCAGCUCAGAUCCAGACGCGACCCCCCAGCUCCUGAGAUAUACCAUUCUUGAGGCAGAUGGAGACGAUACCGCUUCCCGAAUUCUUUCAUAUACGAAAGGUACCUCUCUAGAGCCGUUCAUUGAAACAAUCUCUGAUUUCUCGAGGAUCAACAAUGAUUACCACUUCAUUGUGGCUUGCACCAAUGUCCAGGCAGAUAUCGACCUCUUGAAAAUGAAAUUGAAAGCAGGUGGUGUCUUAUUGGAGCAAGUCAUGGAUCCAGUAUCUAAAAAGCGACAAAUUUGCGAAGCAAAGAUCCCAUCCAGCAUCAGAAACUCUCAGGCAACUACCAAUAACCAUCUUAUGAGAGACGAUGAAGAUUUCGUCGAUUUCAUAGAGGGUGAUGUCCAAAUCCUCCUAAAGGCUCACAGGUAUAACCAGCCAUCUCCUUUAAUCAAUCCAGUGGUCAUUAUCACUCCAAAAGAAGUAGGCUCUGAAAUUCAAAACUUCAUCGCCGCCAUUAAUCGAAUCAAGGAAACAAGAAAAAUUCCUUUCUCGAUCUCGUCUAUAGUUGUCGAUGAAGCAGCUGAAGACCCGACUGCCAUCGAUGGAAAGACAGUUAUUUCGUUGCUCGAGUUUUCUGGCCUUGUGUCUCGCGACUGUUCCAUUUUCGAAUGGCAGAAGGAAGAUUUCGACGCCUUUCGCGUAAUACAAAAACGGGCCGACCAUGUUUUCUGGGUUACUCGGGGAGCCCUGAGGGGCUGCGAGAAUCCGCGCGGAAGUCCCAUCGUUGGACUCUUUAGGACCCUAAUCUCCGAAGAUGCUCUCAACUCUAUUGUCACUUUUGAUUUAGGGAGCAAUUCAAAGCUCGAUGAUCCCACUGUUGUUAAUAACGUAUUGCGCCUUCUUGAUGCAACUUUUGGAUCAAAAUUAGGAUCCCUACAGGAUACAGAGUUUGCAGAAGAGGAUGGAAGAAUCUACAUCCCUCGCCUUAAAACACUCCGUUCCAUGAAUCGAAUCAUUGAAGGCAAAGCUUUGACCGGGAAGGUCUCUCAGAAGCCAUUCGCAAAUAAUCUAGGUCUUCAGCUCACGAUCGAGACUCCGGGUAUCAGUGAAGACAACUUAUUCUUCAUAAAAUCCGAAUUGCCAGAGUUAGGAGCAGACGAGGUUGAAAUCGCGUUCAAAGAAGCGCCUCUGUCUAUGCUGGAUCUUGAGGUUGUCCUCGGAAGAUCUCAGGAGUCAACUAUCGGGGCAGACAUCAGGGGCAAAAUUACUCGAGUGGGUAGCGAGGUCAGGGGGCUGGCUGCAGGUGACAAUGUUGUUGCUUUGGUUGCUGACGGCUCAAUCAAAAGCUUGGUGAGAGUCAAGUCCCAGUUUGUCAAACGUGUUGCUACCGAUAUGGUACCAAGUUUUCUUGUCAGCGCCUAUUUUGCCCUCAUACAUAUCGGAAGAGUGAAACGAGGCAGGAAGGUAUUGAUCCACAAUGGUGCCAGUGCUUUUGGGCUUACCGCGAUUGAUAUGGCUCUUGCAAUUGGAGCUGAAAUCUUUGCCACCAUUGUCGGCCCAGAGGCCGAUCGACAGCGAGAGAUUUUAGAACGGCAUGGCGUUUCGGGAGAACAUAUCUUGGAGGCUGACUCUGGACUUUUUGUCGCCGCUCUAUUAGGAGCUACAGAUGGUAACGGCGUGGAUUGCUUGUUCAACCCAACCUUGGACACAUUUGACGUACAGUUCGAUUGCGUCCGAAAAUGUGGUAGCAUCAUCCAAUUUGCGAGCAAGUCUUCGACCCCGAUCUCCGGCCGUAUACCACCAACAUCUAUAACUGUUUCCAACUGGAAUCUACAUGAGCUCCUCAGAGAGGAUCCGGAUUUUGUAGCGGAGCUUCUGGAGCGGGCCACUCAGUUCACCCAGACUGUUGGAAUCAAGCCCUCCCCAUACGUCGAACUCAAAAAAGUUUUCGAUAUUGGCGACUUGAAAGAUGGGUUAUUGUACCUUCAGCAAACACCGCAUAUUGUAUUUAUCUCGCUAUCUAUGGCUGAAGACGGCUCAAGCACAAUUUCCGUACUGAAUGACGAUGUUACAAAAUCGCUGGAAGAGUCUCUUGAAUCAGAUGGGACAUACCUGCUAACAGGUGGUCUUGGUGGCCUCGGACGGAGCAUAGCUGAGCUCCUUGUAAACAAUGGUGCUCGACAUCUAGCAUUUGUUUCUCGGUCUGGUGCCUCAUCAGAUGUAGCGAAGGCAUUCCUCAAAGAUCUACAGUCAAGAGGGAUUGACGCCAAAGCCUUUUCUGUGGAUAUUUGCAACAAAUCUGAGCUGGACUGUCUCAUUAAAGACGUCAUUAGCCUGGACAUGCCCCCCAUACGUGGUGUGUUCCAAUGUGCCGCGAUACUCAGAGAUUCCGUCUUCAGUAACAUGACCUUUGAUGAUUGGGACACAGCCAUCAAGGUAAAGACUCUCGGCUCCUGGAAUUUAUACCAUAGCAUCUCGGCCGAGGGUCAUGAUCCCUUCUACGUCUUCCUUGCCAGUUCAUCCGGCAUUAUUGGCAACCGCGGUCAAGCCAACUACGCAGCAGGUAACUGUUUUCAAGACUCGUUUGCAAGAUAUCUCCAGAAGCAAGGAGAGCGUGCCGUGGCGAUUGACCUCGGUCCCGUCUUGGGAGUUGGGAUGCUUGCCGAGAAUGAAGAAAUUCUGGACAUUUUACGAUCCAAUGGCUUCUUUGGUAUUCCGCAUGAAGAUUUCCUUACGAUUGUCAAGCAUGCCAUCACGGGAGAGAUAACCCCAGGAGUACCUAUUCCCCCUCAAAUCACCGUGGCUGUUGGAACAGGAGGCAUGAAUGUCCAAAUCAAUGCCGCAGACCCGUACUGGACUCGCACUGCGCUCUAUUCGUACCUCAACUUGGUUGACAUUGCUCCACCGAAUCUACUGGCAGGUAGUGAGACAAGUAAUAGGGACAUGAGGACCAUGCUUGUCUCAGCUAAAAGCUUCGAAGAGGCGACAGUGAUUGUCCGUGAUGGUCUCUCCAUUAUGCUGUCCAAGGCGAUGAACAUGCUCCCCUCGGAGAUUGAUAUGAACAAGUCACUGAACGCCUACGGCGUGGAUUCCCUCGUGGCUGUCACGAUUCGAAAUUGGAUUCUGAAUAAUUGCGGUGUUCAAUUUUCUGUGUUUGAGAUUCUCAGCGAUUCGCCCAUCACGGAGAUGGCAAACACAAUCGCGGUGAAGGGACGCUAUGGCGGAGUGGGAACGGAGUGAAGAAGAACGGAGCAAAGGGACAUUGGAAAAGCAGUGAGGUAGAACAAAAAGGUUACACAAGAAGUAAGAUAGGAGAACCAGGGUGAAGGGAUAUUAUGGACGAAGCGAAAAUGUAAUAGCUAGUUGACAGACAGGUGGAGAGGAAAAGAGCUCAUUAGGUACGAGGUGCGCAGUUAAACAGGCAAAAGAUAAUGCGAUUUCUUG